AUGUCAUUUGUAGUCACCUCAUCCUCCAUAAUCACCUCCUCUUAUUUUAGCAGCUAUAGGGUUUCUAAAUUAAGAACUUGCGAAAAUACUUUGACAACACCAUGUUUUCCUUUUGUUCGAUGCAAAAAUCCAUUUUGCCUCGCUGAAAAUAUCCAUACAACUUUGACUAGAAAACCAAAUGGUAUUUUAAGGUCUAGUGUAACGAAUUGCACAAAACCAAAUUAUCAGUCCUUCACUGGAGAAGACGCAGUUUUUCUUGAUUUGGGUGAUGAAGACGAAACAGGGUCGCCCUGGGAAGGGGCAGUUAUUUACAAGAGAAACGCUUCCAUAUCACAUGUUGAGUAUUGCACAACGUUAGAGAGGCUUGGAUUGGGGCACCUUUCAACAGAGGUCUCGAAAUCUAAGGCUUCAGUGAUGGGAUUACGAGUCACCAAAGCUGUGAAGGAUUAUCCACAGGGUACACCUGUUCAGAUCUCCAUUGACAUAACAAGGAAGAAGCAAAAGUUGAGGCUUGAUGGCAUCAUUAAAACUGUUAUCGCACUGACUUGCAGCAGGUGUGAAGAUCCAGCAGCCGAGUGCAUCUUCUCAAACUUCUCCCUUCUCCUAACUGAUGAACCAAUUGAAGAACCUGAGAUCAUCAAUAUGGGAGUGAUAUAUGGUGACACUGGAAUAGGUGGCCAAGGGGAGGAAGAUGAUGAAGGCACAAUUGAUUUUGAGGAUCAGCUGUAUUUUCGCCCCGGGGACAAAGAAAUAGAUAUUUCAAAGCACAUAAGAGACAUGGUGCAUCUAGAGAUUACCAUCACCGCAACAUGUAAUCCAAGUUGCAAGGGUUUGUGUGUCAGUUGUGGUAAAAAUUUGAACACUGGCAGUUGUAAUUGUAGCAAACAGCAGGCAAAGAAGGGUUUUGGACCGCUUGGAAACUUAAAGAAGCAAUUGCAGCAGCAAAAAAAAUGA